UUCCUCUUCUCUGCAUUGAGCUGAAGUGUGACGGGCUCUACCUUCGGUGGCCUCUGCUCUGCCCCAGGAGGACAGCCUGGAGGAAGAGGGAAUGGCUCCUGCCCUGACAGCCAGGCCUGGGAAAGAAUCAGUGACAUUCAAGGAUGUGGCUGUGGAAUUCACCCCAGAGGAGUGGGUACAAUUGAACCCAUCUCAGAAAAAGCUGUGCAGGGAUGUGAUGCUGGAGAACUAUAGGAACUUGGUCUCUUUGGGAUUUGCAGUUUCCAAACCAGAUGUGAUCUACCAGUUAGAAAGAAAGGAAGCAUCUUGGAUGCCAGAGGCAGAUAUUCCAAGAAGCAGCUGUCCAGAGAUCAGAGAAUUUACUGGAGAUAAACCUUUUCCAUGUAAUGAAUAUGGGAAGGCCUUCAGGACCAAGAAGCAUCUGGCUGUGCAUGAGAGAAUUCAUACUAGAGAGAAACUUUGCAAAUGUAGUGAAUGUGAGAUGGCCUUCAGGGAGAAGACACAACUUACUCUGCAUCACAGAGUUCAUACUGGAGAGAAACCUUAUGAAUGUAAUGAAUGUGGCAAGGCCUGCAGAUAUAAAGGACAACUUACAAUCCAUCAGAGAAUUCAUACUGGAGAGAAACCUUAUGAAUGUAGUGAAUGUGGGAAGGCCUUCAGGGAUAAGACACAACUUACUCUGCAUCAGAGAAUUCAUACUGGAGAGAAACCUUAUAAAUGUUAUGAAUGUGGGAAGGCCUUCAGAGAUAAGACAAAACUUACAGUGCACCACAGAAUUCAUACUGGAGAGAAACCUUAUCAAUGUAGUGAAUGUGGGAAGGCCUGCAGGUAUAAAGGACAACUUACAGUCCAUCAGAGAAUUCAUACUGGAGAGAAACCUUAUGAAUGUAGUGAAUGUGGAAAGGCCUUCUUGAGAAAGGCAGAGCUUGCUGUGCAUCAGACAAUUCAUACCGGAGAGAAACCUUAUGAAUGUAGUGAAUGUGGAAAAGCCUUCAGGAGGAAGGACCAUCUUACUGUACAUCAGAGACUCCAUACUGGAGAAACAUGUUAUGAAUAUAAGGAGUGUGGGAAGGGUUUUCUCUACAACUCAGAUCUUACUCUACAUCAAAAAAUUCAUGCUAGAAAGAAACCUUAUAAAUGUAUUGAAUGUGGAAAAGCCUUUAGAGAUAAGACACAACUUACAGUGCAUCAGAGAAUUCAUACUGGAGAGAAACCUUAUGAAUGUAGUGAAUGUGGGAAGGCUUUCAGCAGUAAGACACAACUUACAGUGCAUCAGAGAAUACAUACUGGAGAGAAACCUUUUGAAUGUAGUGAAUGUGGGAAGGCCUGCAGGUAUAAAGGACAACUUACAGUGCAUCAGAGAAUUCAUACUGGAGAAAAACCUUAUGAAUGUAGUGAAUGUGGAAAGGCCUUCAGGAGGAAGUCACAUCUUACUGUACAUCAGAGACUCCAUACUGGAGCUAUGUGUGAUGAAUAUAAGGAGUGUGGGAAGGGUUUCCUCUACUACUCAGAUGUUACUCCACAUGAAAAAAGUCAUGCUGGGAAAAAACCUUAUAAAUAUAGUGGAUGUGAGAAAGACUUCAGAGAUAAGAGAAAACUUACAGUGCACCACAGAAUUCAUACUGGAGAGAAACCUUAAAAAUGUAGUGGAUGUGGGAUGGCCUUCAGAGAUAAGACAAAACUUAUAGUGCAUCACAGAAUUCAUACUGGAGAGAAAUUUUUAAAAUGUAGUAAAUGUGGAAAGGCCUUCGAAAUAAGACACAACUUAGAGUGUAUCACAAUUCACACUGGAGAGAAACCUUAUAAAUGUAGUGAAUAUGGAAAAGCCUUCAGGAGUAGGAGAGAAAUUACUGAUCAGAGAAUUCAUACUGGAGAGAAACCUUAUGAAUGUAGUAAAUGUGAGAAGGCCUUUGGGAGGAAGUCAUAUCUUACUGUGCAUCAGAGACUUCAUGCUGGAUAUAUGUGUGAUGAAUACAAGGAAUGGGACGGGUUUUCUGUACAACUCAGAUGUUACUCCACAUGAAAAAAUUCAUACUGGAAAGAAACUUUAUAAAUGUAGUGAAUGUGGAAAACCCUUCCUAGAUAAGACACAAAUCACAGUGCAUCACAGAAUUCAUACUGGAGAGAAACCUUAUAAAUGUAGUAAAUGUGGGAAGGUCUGCAGGCAUAAAGCACAAUUUACAGCACAUCACAGAAUUCAUACUGGAGAGAAACCUGAUAAAUGUAAUAAUAUGGCAAGGCCUUCAGCAGUAAGACACAACUUUCAUUGAAACCUUUUGAAUAUAGUGAAUUUGCAAAGGCUUUCAUGAUGAGGACAAAACUUACAGUGCACUGCAGAAUUCACACUGGAGAGAAACCACAUGAAUGUAAUGAAUGUGGAAAUGCCUUCAGGAGGGAAGAGAUAUCUUACUGUACAUCAGAGAACUCAUACUGUUGACAUCCAUAAUGAAUUUAAUGAGUGUGGGAUGGUUUUCCCCUACAAAUUGGACCUUAUUUGACAUGAAGAAAUUCAUACUGGAUAGAAACUUUAUGAAUGUAGUAAAUGUGGAAAGGCCUUUAGGAAGAAGAAGUCACAUCUUACUGUUCGUCAGAGAAUUUGUACUGGAGAUAUGUGUUAUGAAUGUAAGGUGUGAGAAGGGUUUUCUCUACAACUCAGAUCUUACUCUAUAUCAACUUCAUACUGGAGAGAAACCUUAUGAAUGUAGUGAAUGUGGAAAGGUCUUCUGAAGUGAGACACAAUUGACAGACUUGACAUCAAAGAAUUAAUUCUGGAGAGAAACUUUUGCAAUUUGGGAAGGCCUUUAGACUUAACACAUUACUUUAUGUUCAUCAGAGAAUUGAUACUAGAUUGAUUCUUCCCCUAUUCUGAAGCCUGCAAAGAGGCAAAGAUUUAGUAUUAUCAUCCCAGUCUCCCAUGGACCUUCAGGGAAGGAGAGAUGAUGCUGGCUGAGGCAGAGGUUACUGAGUGGAUAGUGGUAUUGGGAGGUCCUUAGUAUUAACUGUCCCCGGGCAUAUGGCUUGCAAGACACUUGGGGAUGACCUCUUGGCCAUGAGAUGAGCCUGAGCCUAAUGUGUGAUGAAUAAUUAUUGACAGAGCUUGAGGAAUAUAUCCUCAUCAGCAACCUGAUGUUGCUGGUGCUUCUUCUUCUCCUGUUCAUUUCAAUAGCCACUGUGGAUGUUACAGAUUUGAAAUCACAUUAAUUAAAACAAAGCAUCCCAAGAAUGUGUGGCAGAUUUUGAUGCAACAUGAUUUCUGUCCUGUGCUCUGAAUGUCAAAGGAAAGAAGUUCAUUGAAGUGCAGGUAAACAGCAGGAUUAAUUAUGACCUUCUCAUUGUAGAUA